AAUCAAUCAAUCAAUCACCAUGGGCGUCCCCGAAAACAAAUACUCGGUUAUUCUACCGACCUACAACGAGCGCAAGAACCUCCCCAUCAUCGUCUGGCUCCUGGAGCGCACCUUUCGCGAGAAUAACCUAAACUGGGAAAUCAUCAUCGUCGACGACGGCAGCCCCGACGGCACUCUCGAAAUCGCCCAACAACUCCGCACGCACUACGGCGCCGACCACAUCCUGCUCCACCCUCGCGCCGGAAAACUCGGCCUCGGAACCGCCUACGUCCAUGGCCUCCAAUACACCACCGGAAACUUCGUCAUCAUCAUGGACGCCGAUUUCUCGCACCACCCGAAAUUCAUCCCGCAGAUGAUUCGUAUCCAGGCGGAGUCGGAUGCGGAUAUUGUGACGGGGACUCGGUACGCGAGUCUGGAUGGUGUGAAGGGGGGUGUGUAUGGGUGGGAUUUGUUCCGGAAGUUUACGUCGAGAACGGCGAAUUUGAUCGCGGAUGUUAUGCUUAUGCCGGGGGUUAGUGAUUUGACGGGCAGUUUUCGGUUGUAUAAGAAGAGUGUGCUUGAGAAGGUUAUUAUGAGUACCCAGAGUAAGGGGUAUAGUUUUCAGAUGGAGAUGAUGGUUAGGGCCAAGGCGAUGGGGUAUAGGGUUAGGGAGUGUCCGAUUACUUUUGUGGAUCGGUUAUAUGGGGAGAGUAAGUUGGGGGGAAGUGAGAUUGUGGAGUAUUUGAAGGGAGUGGUGAAUCUUUGGUUGAAGGUUUAG